AUGGUGGCCCUGCUCAUCCUGCUGCCGUGGAGCUUGGUGUCACGGCCGGUCCUCGACUCCGCUGCCAGUCGAUCGGGCCCGUGCGACUUGCUCGGGGUCAAUCGCAGCGCGGACAUGAACCGUCCUCCCCAUGCUGUGGCACAGGUGAAAUUCUGCGUCUUUCAGCGAGAACCAAAUGCCCUCACUUCAUCCUGCCCAAGGGUCGCGCUACGCGUGGGCUGCUGGUCGGCGGUCACGAUCCCACACGAUGGUGGCCUCAGCAGCGGCCUCGCGCGGCAACUUCCUGGACCUCCUCGCUGCGAUGGAAUGAUCAGUCUGCACGACUUCAGCGAGGCUUGGGGAUUGCUUCCGGUGCAGGGCAUUGGGAUCACGACCCCCACGGGACUUGGCCGCCGCUCCGUGAGUGCCUCAGGUAGCCUCGAACCGGCAACACUGCGCCGAACCGGCGGACGGCGCGGCCACGUGAUCUCGUUGGCUCAUGAAGCUGCACAGCGAGAGGUCGUCGUCACCGCCACCCUCACCGCCGCCGCCGAGCCAGCCCCCGUCCUCACCUCCCCCGUCGCCGCCCCCACCAUCCCCGCCGCCCUCAACGCCACCGCCGUCGUCACCGCCGCCCUCACCGCCGCCGCCGAGCCAGCCCCCGUCCUCACCUCCGCCGUCGCCGCCCCCACCUUCCCCGCCGCCCUCAACGCCUCCGCCGUCGUCACCGUCGCCCUCACCGCCGCCGCCGAACCAGCCCCCUUCCUCACCUCCGCCGUCGCCACCCCCACCACCCCCGCCGCCCUCAACGCCACCGCCGUCGUCACCGCCGCCCACACCGCCGCCGCCGAGCCAGCCCCCGUCCUCACCUCCGCCGUCGCCGCCCCCACCAUCCCCGCCGCCCUCAACGCCACCGCCGUCGACACUGCCGCCCGCACCGCCGCCGCCGAGCCAGCCCCCUUCCUCACCUCCGCCGUCGCCGCCCCCACCAUCCCCGCCGCCCUCAACGCCACCGCCGUCGUCACCGCCGCCCUCACCGCCGCCGCCGAGCCAGUCCCCGUCCGCACCUCCGCUGCCGCCGCUCCCACCAUCCCCGCCGCCCUCAACGCCACCGCCGUCGUCACAGCCGCCCUCUCCGCCGCCGCCGAGCCAGCCCCCGUCCUCACCUCCGCCGUCGCCGCCCCCACCAUCCCCGCCGCCCCCGACGCCACCGCCGUCGUCACCGCCGCCCUCACCGCCGCCGCCGAGCCAGCCCCCUUCCUCACCUCCGCCGGCGCCGCCUCCACCAUCCCCGCCGCCCUCAACGCCACCGCCGUCGUCACCGCCGCCCUCACCGCCGCCGCCGAGUCAGCCCCCGUCCUCACCUCCGCCGUCGCCGCCCCCACCAUCCCCGCCGCCCUCGACGCCACCACCGUCAUCACCGCCGCCCUCACCGCCGCCGCCGAACCAGCCCCCUUCCUCGCCUCCGCC